CUCUUAAAAUGUUGUUGAGAGGCAACCAUUAUGAUAAAUGGGGGCUUGACAAGCUUUAGAGGAAGAGAUGACACGCUCAACCGACAUCGAUCGGCAGUUACACAGACACUGAAGGAUAUACUGAUAUGUGAACGCGAUGUGCUCACGCGUGACUCUACCGGACGCUUUUCAAGUAACUCACUAACUGUUUUGAUUUGUUUCCUAGCAAUUAUUAGCGUUGAAAAUCGUCAAACAUGUCUUCGAGGUCGGGUUUCUCUGUCAACCCAAGUACCCCAAUAAACCCCGGGAUGAACCCCAUGAACCCGGGUCACAGCAGCGCCCCGAGAAUGCCAGCAUUGCCUUUGAAUUCACCCUACAGAGGGAUGAGCAGCACCCCGAACCAAUACCACCAACGACCAAGUAUGCCACUCAACCGAGGAAUGCCAAUGGGGGGCAUGGGGUCAAUUGGUUCACCUCUGCCUGGUCCAUCAUAUAGCGGAGCCAUGACUAUGCGACCUGGAAUGCCUCAAUCUGCGAUGGACCCGACCCGAAAGAGACUCCUUCAACAGCAGCCUGGGGGUCUUAUGGGCCCGAGAAGAGGAGUGAAGAGGCGUAAGAUGGCUGACAAAGUCCUCCCACAGAGGAUCAGGGAUUUGGUCCCCGAGUCUCAGGCAUACAUGGACCUUCUGGCCUUUGAAAGAAAACUGGACCAGACCAUUGCUCGCAAACGCAUGGAGAUACAGGAGGCCAUCAAAAAGCCCAUCACGCAAAAACGCAAGCUGAGGAUCUACAUUUCGAACACUUACACGCCUGGCAAGCCAGAGGGCGAGGAGGCUGAAAAAGUGGCAUCCUGGGAACUUCGAGUGGAAGGCAAACUUCUGGAGGAUCCUGGGAAACAGAAACGAAAGUUCUCAUCCUUCUUUAAAAGCUUGGUCAUUGAACUGGACAAAGAACUUUAUGGCCCAGACAAUCACUUGGUGGAGUGGCACAGAAUGCCCACAACUCAGGAGACGGAUGGAUUUCAGGUGAAGAGACCAGGAGAUGUGAAUGUGAAAUGUACUCUCCUUCUCAUGCUGGACCACCAGCCUCCACAGUAUAAGCUGGAUCCACGUCUGGCUCGACUGCUGGGUGUCCACACUCAGACCAGAGCCAGUAUCAUGCAGGCCCUGUGGCUCUACAUCAAGAACAACAAGCUGCAAGAUUGCCACGAGAAGGAGUACAUUAACUGCAACCGAUACUUCAGACAGAUCUUUGGCUGCCCCAGGAUGAGAUUUUCAGAUAUCCCCAUGAAGCUCGCCAGCCUCCUUCAACACCCCGACCCCAUCGUCAUCAAUCAUAUCAUCAGUGUGGACCCCAAUGAUCAGAAGAAGACUGCUUGCUUUGAUAUUGACGUUGAGGUGGAUGACCCUCUGAAGGCUCAGAUGACCAGCUUCUUGUCCUCCACAACCAGUCAGCAGGAGAUUGCCACUCUAGAGAUGAAGAUCCAUGAGACUAUUGAGUCCAUCAACCAGCUGAAGACCCAGAGAGACUUUAUGCUCAGCUUUAGUAACAGCCCACAGGAGUUCAUCCAGGACUGGCUCAAGUCUCAGAGCCGAGACCUCAAGCUAAUGACAGACACUGUGGGAAAUCCAGAAGAGGAGAGGAGGACUGAAUUUUACCACUCACCCUGGGUCACAGAAGCUGUUGGACGAUAUAUAUUUUCAAAGGUCCAGCAGAGGAGACAGGAGCUGGAGCAGGUACUUGGAAUCCGACUCACUUAAGAAGACUCAGAAUCCACAAUCAUCCGAGCAACUAAUUCAGCAAAUGCCACUGAAAACGAAAGCUUUCUGUUUCAUAACCAACAGAUUCACUUCAUGUGGGUUUUUGGUACUAGUCAUAAACAGCUUGUCAGGUGUAGCAUUUGCAGUACCAUUACACACAUCUGGCACACACAUAUAUUUCAAAUGCUGUUACAAUAACUGGAAUGCCUCAGUUGCUAUCUUACCUUCUCUGGUUUUCAUUUAUAUAUUGUGAAAAGGAAAUAUGAAAAUAAGCCAUUGAGUUAAUGCCCUUUAUUUGACAUAUACUCAUACACAAUAAUACUCUUGUAUUACAGUAAAAUCUGUAGUCUGUUUGCUAAAACCCAAUUGGAAAUAGAUAACUAUCUUCUUGAUUUUGUGUUUUUAGUAGGAAUAGCCGAAGUCAAUUUGCUAUUUUGUUUCUGAUUCUUACAGCAAAGGAUAUUUUAACACAAUUAAUUGCACAAGUUUUAAGUUAAGAUGCUUGCAAUUAAGUAGUAAAGAAAUGCAAUGUUUUCAAUAUUGUGGAUUUUUUCCAUUCGGUCUCUCAGGAAAAUAUGUGCUGCACUGCGUUCAAGAGCCAUGUUUGUGUGUUUCCACCCCAGCACAUUUGGAUAUCCAGCUGUUUUAGUUCAAUACACCAGACUUUCUGUCUUCAUCUAGUUAGUGUGUUUAGCUUUUUUCCCCAGUUAGUGUUCUUUAUUUAGUGUUUGAAAGUCUGCUGAAGUGAUACGGCAGUGACCGCAUUUGUCAAAGACGAUGCUUUAGCCAUGCAAGUCAUCAGCAUAAUCGUUAUUUUCAGGUAUAUCCAAGCCAUAUUGUUACUUAAUAAUAAGUAGAUCACUUCAGUGUGCACUUCUACAUUCCAAAAAGCUGUUGGAUGUUUUGUUUGAGUGGGUUUUGUUUUAUUUUGUGACUCGCUUAUGUUAAGUAUUGAUGACAGCAAACUGAUUUUCAAAUAAGGAAUAUAACUGGUUGUUAUAAUAAUAAUAAAUACAGGAAAACAUGUGAGGAAAAUGCGCUGACAGUAGGAUGCUGAAAAUAAAAUUUUAGCUUCUAUUUGAAAUGUAUCUCUGAUGGUGAGUUGAAAGCAUGUCACAGAUUUCUUUCCAUAAAGCUGAAUGUUUUGUGUUUUUCAGUAGUUUAAUUUUGCUAAUAGCUCAAGCGCUCAGACAGUAUUAAUGCUGAUCUGAAAUGCAACUAGCUUUUUCGUGCCUUUGAUUUACUUGUUUACUGAUUACAUUUGUUUGUGUGUUUAAAUGCAGUUAAGUUUUUACACCUUAAGUUCUGUUUUAUAUUUUUGUAUUAAUCAAAUGCUUAUCUUUUGUACUUUUUUAUGGGAAAUUUGAGUAUUUUCAGCAAUAAAAUUGGUUUCAUAAAGGGGAA